AUGCCUUGCGGACUCGGAGGUUCGAAAACUGUGCAGCGCAAGCUCGUCUUGCUCGGCGAUGGUGCUUGCGGAAAGACCUCACUACUGAACGUUUUCACAAGAGGCUACUUCCCCACUGUAUACGAGCCGACCGUCUUUGAGAACUAUGUGCACGACAUCUUCGUCGAUAACGUCCACAUUGAACUGUCACUAUGGGAUACCGCCGGCCAGGAAGAAUUCGAUAGACUACGAAGUCUAUCAUACGACGAUACCGACCUGAUUAUGCUCUGCUACUCCGUCGACAGCAAGGACUCUCUCGAAAACGUCGAAAGCAAGUGGCAGGGCGAGAUUGCGGAAAACUGCCCGGGCGUCAAGAUUGUCUUGGUAGCGUUGAAGUGCGACCUUCGCGAGGCAACCGAAGAUGAGGAGGAUGGUGGAGCCGGCAACGAGGACGGCGCUCAGCGGGAGAAGAAGCCCAUGAUCAGCUACGACCAAGGCCUGGAAGUGGCCCGCCGGAUCAAGGCCCUUCGAUAUCUUGAAUGCUCCGCCAUGCGCAACCGGGGAGUUAACGAAGCCUUCACCGAGGCGGCGCGUGUCGCUCUGUCAGUAAAGAAGGAUCGCGAGGAGUCGAAGUGCGUGGUCAUGUAA